AUGCGGACGACGGAGGACGCCGAUCGAGCUUCGGAGAGCUUAUUACGCCCGACGACGACGUCUUCUUCGCGGGUGUGUCGUUGGAGGCGCGUCGGGGGGGGGUUGGGGGCGCUCGUGGUGUUGUUCGGCGCGGGCGCGGCGCUCGCGGCGGCGUUCGGCGCGCGCGACGGUGACAACGUCGCGGCGGCGUUGGCGUUCGAUAAGAGCGCGCCGACGACGACGACUGGGGACAGUCACGUGAAUAUUCGAGAUGAGUGGGGACCGGGACCGCUGCAUGAGGUGCACUGGGACGCGAAGACUGGUUUUCAUUACGACGCGCACGACGGGUCGUCGUUUGAGAAGUUUGAGGAAAAGUUAGGGGCGAGAAUGAUCCAGUCGACGGUGAUGAAGUAUUACCCCACAAGAUUGAAGAGCGAUCAGCCGUCGUUUUCGGUGUAUUACACCGUGGAGGAUUACCCGAAGACGAAGUGCUGGAAGUCGGCGCGCACGGGCUUGGCGCCGGAGGGAUGUCACACCGACCAGUGGCCGCGCGUGUACAAUUUUGCGUCGCAGCCGAAAGAUGCGAGUCUGCUCCCGGCGCUAGAUCAGGUGACUUUGAUCACGAUCGCCGAGCCGUUGGUGGAUAUGUUGGAGCACGAGGGCGAGGACGCGAAACUAGAACCUCCAAACUGGCCGAAGCAGCAGGUGUUUGGUAUGAACGGAGAAAACGCCACGGCGUGGGAAAAUCUCAUUCCAAAAAUAGCGUGGCAAGGGACGGAUUAUAGAUUCUACGGACCAGAAUUCGACGGUUUCAAGGAAGAUUCGUGUCACCACCCGAACGACUGCGUCUUGAAUCAGAUUUGGCAGAGAGCCGGCGGGGGGCAUGGUAAAGCCAACUACACUCUCGCGAUGCGCGAGACCUUGGCUCGCAACGACAUCACCCCGCGCCUGCGCUUGGUGCUCAACUCCCUGUUGGACAAUAGUUGGAUUGACGCAAAGUUCUUUUGCGUCGCGAGGUAUGACUCGCGAUUCCCUCUCCGCGUCAAGCUCGGUAAGGAGCUUCGCGUCGAGGCGGAUCGCAAGAUGACAGGCGACGACUUGGCCAAGUACAGAUAUCACAUCGACCUCGGCGGCGCCGGCGGGACGACGUGGACGGGAACGAUUCACAAGAUGUCACUCCCCGGUGUUCUAUUUCAUCACGAGACCGCGAUGCGAGACUCCUACUUCGACAGCAUCAAACCGUGGGUACACUACAUUCCAGUCGCCGAGGACCUGCGCGACUUGAGGCAGAAAUUUGACUGGGCGCAAGCAAAUCCACAAAAGUGCAAGCAAAUCAGCGCCGCUGCGUCGGCGUGGGUAAAAGCGUUCAACACCCGAAGAGCGCUUUUGCGGCACAACUACAACACCCUGGCGGUGAACUUGGCGAAGACCAUCGACCCGAGUAAGAAGCACUUGGUUCCCUUUGAAAAAGCGCACCCGAGUGCUAUGCUCGGACGCAUGCGUCAGCGCAUCCUCAACGGACUUCGACGCGCAGCGCGUGCGCGCGCCGCGGCGCAGUGA